AUGUAUUCUGGAAGCAACAGCGAUAUGGAGAAGAAGUACGAAGACCAUAUCAUUUCCAACGAACUGUUUCUUUCCGAGGGGGUUUCGAACAGGAACGCUCCAGACAACAUAACAGGAUGGGAGGAGAGCAGAAGUAGCAUGUACUGUCCUCUUAAGUCCGUCUCAUUCCCUCGAGCAGACAGAGAGGGAAAGGCAGAGGAGUAUAUCAACGUCCUCGAGGAGGAGGCGGACGACGAGGACGACGAUGAUGAAGAGUCAAGUGAGGAAGAGGAGGAGGAUGAGGAUAAACAGAUCUGGGUGGAGAGCUCGGUGGACACAGGUGAGAUGCUUAUAUCAGUCCGAGGAAAAGGAAAUCGUUUGGAGACUAUGACAUCAUCAGUGGACGGCGCGAUCGACAGUGCUGACGCGCUGAAAUCCGACUGGAACAAAGCAAGACACACCCAGACGUGGCAGACUAACAGAAUCAUGAAAAGCCUCAAAGGCCGAGUUAUUUCCUCCGUCAGAGAAGGACUACUGUCAGAUAGAGAUCUGCCUCCCCGCCCUCUUCCUACUCCUUCCCACUUGCAAGUCGUAGACGAAAGAGGUCUGCAGGCUCCUCCCAGGAAGGUUGCUUCAGAGUGGAACGCGUUAGAAAACUCGUCGUUUGACCAGGCGAUCCGGGGAGGACUAGACGGCGGGAGACGGCAACGGUUCUUGGAACUAGUCCAGCUGCCCUCUCGCGCGGAUAGAUCAAAGGGAUUGAGUAGCAAACGACAAUUACAUCGCCCUGAAAAGACGUCCGACUUAGAAAGGAGGUUUGGUCGCUUCGAAACCGCUUCCGAUAUCAGAAGAAGACAAAGCGAGAGGAGUCGGACAACUAAAAAGUCGGCAGACCUUGGAUCUAAAGAGUCAGGGAGGUGGUUGGAUAAGAGGAAAUUGAAACCUCGGAGAGAGCGUUGUGAGAAAAUCAUAGAAAUUACGGACAGGUGUGGCGUAAGUUACCAAGUCAUAUGCAAGCCUUUCUGCCUGGCCAGUGCAAAUGAGGCAGAAGAGCUGGCAAAAUGGCAACGAAAGAAGCUGAAGAAAACGCAAGAAAAGCCGCCGAAGAAAAGGCUAGAAAAGAAGCUGAGAGGAAAGCAAGAAAAGAAGCUGAAGAAAAAGCAAGGAAAGAAGCUGAGGAAAAAGCAAGGAAAGAAGCUGAAGAAAAUGCAAGAAAAGCCGCCGAAGAAAAGGCUAGAAAAGAAGCUGAGAGGAAAGCAAGAAAAGAAAAAAGAAGCAGAAGAAAAGGCAAGGAAAGAAGCAGAAGAGAAGGCAAAAAAGGAGGCAGAAAAAAAAGCAAGGAAGGCUGCAGAAGAAAAGGCUAGAAAAGAAGCAGAAGAGAAGGCAAGGAGAGAAGCGGAAGAAAAAGCAAAGAAAGAAGCAGAGGAAAAAGCUAAAAAAGAAGCGGAAGAAAAAGCAAGAAAGGAAGCAGAAGAGAAAGCGAGAAAAGCAGCUGAAGAGAAGGCUAAAAGAGAAGCUGAAGAAAAGGCAAAGAAAGAAGCAGAAGAAAAAGCAAGGAGAGCGGCAGAAGAGAAGGCAAGAAAGGAGGCAGAAGAGAAAGCGAGAAAGGAGGCAGAAGAGAAAGCCAGAAAGGAGGCCGAAGAGAAAGCGAGAAAGGAGGCAGAAGAGAAAGCAAGGAAAGAAGCAGAAGAGAAAGCGAGAAAGGAGGCAGAAGAGAAAGCGAGAAAGGAGGCAGAAGAGAAAGCCAGAAAGGAGGCCGAAGAGAAAGCGAGAAAGGAGGCAGAAGAGAAAGCAAAGAAAGAAGCAGAAGAGAAAGCGAGAAAGGAGGCUGAGGAAAAGGCAAGGAAAGAAGCAGAAGAGAAAGCGAGAAAGGAGGCAGAAGAGAAAGCAAGAAAAGAAGCAGAAGAGAAAGCAAGAAAAGAAGCAGCAGAGAGGGCGAGAAAGGAAGCGGAGGAGAAAGCGUUAAAAGCUGCAGAAGACAAUGCAAGAAAAGCAGCGGAAGCAAAGGCAAGGAGAGAAGCAAGAGCAGCUGCCUUUCGUGCUACCGUAGCUCGAAUUAAAGAUCUCACCAAAUCUGGGGCGUCUAAUGUCGCUAUGGCGGUCUUAGACCAGCUGGAGCUCAUCAAGAGGAACAACGAGAAGUACAAGUUCCCACAGCGUCGUGGUCUCUACGUGCCCCCUCAGGCUUACCCAAUAUGGCUGCAUCGGGAAGACAAGGCGAAGCUUUUAAGACUGCUUCACGCUAUCACUCAUCCUUUUCCUGAGCGGAAGGAGAGUGAGGAAGAGGAUGUGGAAGAGGAAGAGGAAGAGGAAGUGGAAGAGGAAGAAGAGGAGGAGGAGGUCAUCCCAGAAAAGAGUUCCUCCGAGAGCACGUUGCUCUCCGACACAAUGCCAAACCAAGAGUCCGGCGGCGCGCUGAAAACAAUCCUCAGAGCCUUGGCUCGUAGGUUUACGAUGACUGAAGUCCCGCUCAGCCAGAUUCUCAAGGAACAGCAAGAAAUGGAAGACGAAGACAUGAGCAUUGUGAGCGGAGACAGUCAGGAGGGGGAUAAUUCCGCUGUCAUACCUGUGGAGCCAACAGAAAGAUCCGAGAGAAGUGGAAACGUCUUUGUUAUUAAUGAAAAUGACCUUUUGUCAACGGCUGCUCCCAAGACAGAUGCACUAGGUGUACAACAAGUGAAUCAGGCGUCAUUGCAAGAAUUGCCUUCUAUCUGGGACGAUAUCGAAACAGACGGGAUGUCCGAAGCUGGGUCAGAUUCGGCAGAAACCGUGAUCGAGGUAGGUCAAGACGAGAGUCAACCGCUAGUGGCCCGGCCCUGGAGCUCUACUGUGGCUUUUCAGGAACAGGGGAUUGACAGAAUUAUGAGCGAGGACCUGUCACAAAAUGUACCUAUGCUAAACGAGGAAGACUUUAAAACUCAGCAGCGUUCUCAAACAGACGUUUUCGAGGAACAUUCUCAGGAAGAGACGCAAAAUAUACCAGUAGUUGUUCAGGGCGCAGUGCUAGAGGGUGUUAUUGACAAGAGCGGAAAGGAAAAACCGACUGUUGAAGCAGAGCGCCUCAGCUUGAUAGAGUCAGAAAGCUUAGAACAUAAAACAAAACCACACCCGGCUAUUGUUAAUGAUGGAAAGGAAUCAAGUGUUGAUCCAGAUACGUUGCUUUCCCAUGCCAGCAAAAGAGAAGCUUCUGACAGCUUUACAAGAAAAUCAGGUGACAAAGAUCCAGAAUCUUCUUCCGCAGGUGAAGUGGCGAAUAAAGACUCUACUCCUCAAAGGGCAGUCACUGAUACUGGUUCCUACGAUGCGAAUCACCCGGGAAGUAUGCCGAGGAAAAGUUCCUCUCGUGAAGAGGAUAUCGCUCAUGUACCUGGUCGUGAGAAAAGUGACGAUGUGACGGAUACCGCGGGCUCACAGAAACGACAGAUUCCCCCAAACCUUGAGAAAGAGGGUGGGGAAACUGGUCGAUUUGACGAAUCCAAAAGUAGAGGAGAUGCGGAAGGCGAUCUUGUUAGAGACAAUGAAGAGAUGAAACGUGUUCUGAAAACCGCCAGUACUACCAAUGCUCCGGAUGGGGAAGGGGACCGAGCCACCUACUAUGAUGAAACCACACGUGACAUUAGUAGUACGGGUUUAAAGGCUGAGGAAUAUAACACCGCGACAAGAGAAGGCGUAGGAAAAGAAACGUCCAAAGACAUUAUGAAAGAAACGUCCAAAGACAUUAUGAAAGAAACGUCCAAAGACAAAGUGAAAGAAAUGUCAAAAGGCAAUAUGAAAGAAAAAGACAAUUUGGGAAAAACUUCGAAAACCAGUAUAGAAGAAACGUCGAAAGACAAUAUGGAAGGAACGCUGAAAGAAUAUUUCGCAGGAACCAGCACGGGGACGAUACAAGAGGCAAAAAUAAACUCAGCAGACGCGCUUAAACUCAUAGAGCAACCUGGAAGGGACACAGUCAAAGGGCACCAUGGGCAGCAUGAAGAAAACGUUUUACUAGCUUCGAUUGGUAAAGAACAACAGAAAAGAGUCGCAGUAGAAACGCAGUACACAGAAGGUGUGAAAACAGCAGGUUCGUCUCAAGAUCAGAGCAGGUUACCACCUGAUGAUCAUCUUACUACUGAGGAGACAGAUGAAUCAAGUCAUCUCGCCUCGUAUUUCCUAGAUGGGAAUGUCGAAGAUGGCACUCCAAACAAAUCAACGGCAACGAACGAAGAGUCUAAAGCCAAAGGUGGCCCUGCGUUGGUUUAUGGGCUUGACACUGAUGUCGAGAGAAUUAAAAAUGAGGGAAAAGAGAGAGGAAGAAAAACAGAUCAGGAGAAAACAGGAAACAGGACAGUGUUACAAGAAGGAACCUCAAGCUUUCAACGGACUGCUGAGGUGCAGGGUCGGUUCGGUACUUACAAAAAAACUCCAAAAUCAGAAUUAUUAUUAGCACUUGAGAAAAAAUCUCGUAAAGGUAAAAGUCAAACUUUGGAGAUUACAGAAGACGAGGGAGUGGGGGCUCGUGACAGUCUAAUCCAACAGAUGAUAUCUCGUAUAGAACAAGUGCCAAAGAGCAAGAAAGGAGAGUCGACAAGCAAAGAUGGCGGGCUACAGAUUAAUAACUUACAAACACAGAAAGCGAAUCAAACAGGUCUAAAUGCACAAACUCUCGCAGCACAGGGCGAUGGGCUACGUGUACCACACAUGGUAUCUCCGGGCCGGGGUAAAAAACAGCUGUUUCAAGGCAGUAUCACCAUAGACAAGCUCAUGAAGGUUCAACCCUUUUCCAAGCAGCACAAAACAACCCAAGUUAGGAAUCCAGACUCAGCUGUCUUCUUGUCAGAAAUGGAAGAAUGUAAAAAGGACAAUUCUCAUAUGGAAGAAUAUUUAGCGAUAAGAAAAAAGUUGCAACCAAAAAUAACUCUUGAUUGUAUUUUAAAGCCUUACAAAAAUGAAAAAUCUUGUUUUGCGAAAUAUGGGAAAUCGAACCAAGGAGAAGUCCUUCUCCCAUGUAAGCCAAACAACUACGAAGCUGCUUGGUGCCGGUUGCAAAAACAGAGACGAUCCCGCUACCGGCCAAACAGAAUCAAACUUGAUCGACUACUCUCUCAGAAUGAGAAAAACGACAUGAAGGACCCUUGCAACCCUCAAAAAUCGAAGUUUGCUAAGCAUGCUAACCCGAGCCUUCCCUCAGCGAAGGUAGAAGAAGAGUCGAUGCGUAUUAUCAAAUCUUGGAAGGCUUGUAAACGAAAACAGGAAGAGCCAAUCAUAGACUGUUGGACUUUAACUGGGUUGUCCCCACGACAAUUUUACCUUGAUUCUUUGCCUUUAUACGAAAGUGAAAAAUAUCAGAAACCCCACGAGGACUCCGUAAUUGCGAAAUUCAAAGAGCAGUUAAGCGUUGAUGCUGAUAAGCCAUGUGACAUAGCUAGCCUAUGCCCAAAGUUGUCGUUGAACAUAGAUGAAAUUCUGAAGCAGAAACCGCAAAAGAAGAGCCAGUUUCUUUAUGGGAAGUGCAAUGCAGAAGACUGGGAGACUAUUAAAAAUGUGCGAAAGCGUUGUAGCGUAGGCGACAAAAGAGAACCUCACACAUUAUUGCUUAGUAAGGUUUGUAGUGACAACAAAAAUCUAGACGAUAUGCAAGAGUUCAUAGAUCGCACGAAACCGAAGCUUAAACUCAAUCUAGAUGACAUACUUCAAGGCGAGAUAAUUUCUUCAAAUCAGGCUGCAGAGAGGAAGAAAACUGAAGAAGAAACCCUAAAUCGUGUAUACGAGAUGUUCUUGAAACCCCGAGAAAACAACAAAACGUGUCUUGAGGCAGAAGAUCACACUACAGGAGCCGAACAGAAGAAAUUGGACACAACGAAUCAUAAUAGGUGCGACUACCUCGGCAAUGGCAGAAAUCAGCGAAUCCAGGAUACGAACCAGACGUUGUUAUCUUUUCUAGAUAAACUCAAGCCUGAGUUGUCUUUAAAUAUUGAUGAUAUACUGGCUCAUACUGGAGCAAUAGACGCUUCUGAAAAGGAGAAAGACAAAACGCUCCGAACUUGCUAUAGAUACCUACAGCCCCACAUUGCUAAAGAAACCAAGGUUCAACGCAAAAAAAAGAAAGCACUUACCACGGAGAAGGUAGGGCAGAAGUCAUCACUAAAGAUACAUGAUAAACUCCUACAAAAAGAAGGAAAGAAGUCUGAUCAAAAUGCGCACAGGAAACCGAGCAGUACAUGCUGGUCCCGUGAGCAAGAAACACGCACGUUUGACGCAAAUGAAGUAAUGAGCACCGUGGAGGUGAACAAUACUUUAGAAAAACUCAAACCAAAGCAGUACCUGCACAUUGAUGACAUUCUGCGUCAGCAAGAAACACACACUUACACUUUGGACAUUUUGCGUCAGCGAGAAACGCACACUUUGGACACAAAUGAAGUAAUGAGCACCGUGGAGGUGAACAACACUUUAGAAAAACUCAAACCAAAGCAGUCUCUGCAAAUUGAUGACAUUUUAAGUCAAAAGAAAAUAGAAAAUAAAUCGAAAAGAAAAAGCAGCAACGUGUAUGGCACAAGAUGUUACAACGCACAAUCACCCUUUUCUGAGAGGAACUCAUGGACCAUUAGCCACGAAAAGAACAAAUGUACACAUCGCAAUCCCAAAAAUGCGUCUUCUCUAAACAUGAGUGAUGUACGGGAAAGGAAAGAAAGAAAUAAGCUUCAUAAAGUCGACAAAAUAUGCGAUACAAACUGUGGUACAAAACAACUGCACAGUUUAAAUGAGGCUUUGGUUCUCAACUCUCAAACACUAUCGCCUGAAACGAAAGUGACAACUCCUGUAAAAUCUGAUAAUGCAAGUAAAUUAAACUCAAAUGUUGAAAUUAUGUCUUUAAAAAGCACAUACAAUACAAAACGGUGUCAAAGUGUAGGGGCCGUCACUCGUGAGCACUCAAAUAUUACGUGGAGCUCAGAUCUGUUUGCUGACGACAGGUUGGACGGUGAGUUUCGCUGUCACUCCAGCCCUAAACCUCACUAUGUACGUGAUUCAGGAGCAAGAUGCAAGGUCGAUAUUCAUAAAGGCCUUUGGCACAAAGGAGAAGAAUCUGGAGGUUUUCGUGGAGAAAAGAUGACUAUAGAAGAUGCGAAAAGUUUCAUUGAAAAGAUAAAACCAAAGGUGGGAAUCAAUAUUGAUGACAUUCUCGGUGGUUUGGCCACGUGAACAAAAAUCAAUCUCUCAGCCCGGCU